AUGAUUAAAUAUUUAUUAUUUUUAUUAACUAUUUUGUUUUUUGAAUUUUCAGAAGAAAAGUCUCCAAUAACCCAUUAUGGUAGUUAUAUUUUUAUAAAAAAUGUUGUAAAAGGACAAUAUAAAUUUAAUAAGGAUCGUAUAACAUUAAUAAUAAAUGCUAAUUCAAAUGAUAUUAAUAAAAAUUUAUCAAAACAAAUUGAUAAUUGGGAAGGUCCAAUAUCUAUUGGAAUAUUUAUUGAUGUUGAUGAUAUAUUUAAUCUUAAAACAUUAUGUACAUAUUGUACAUUAAAAUCAAUUCCAAAUAUUAACAACAAAACAUCAAUUCAUUUUAUUUUUCCAUAUAAUGCUUACAGUAGAGAUGGUAAUAACAGAGGAUUAUUAAAUGAAUAUUUUAAUGAUAUUAACUGUGAAGAAAAUAUAAAAUCUAUGAAUAAUAUAUGUCAUAUUUCAAAUGAAGAAGAAAAUGAAGAGAUUAAAAUUAAAAGAAUUAUUACAUAUCCAAUUAAUACUAUUAAAAAUAUUGCUAGAAAACAAAUAAAAACAAAAUAUAUGGUAUUUGCUGAUAUAAAUGAUUUUUUUUCUCAAAAUUUUGAAUAUAAAAUGUCAAAACUUAUUAUAAAAAAGAUAAAAAAUAGUUUCAGAAUUAAUAGUGUUUUAGUGUAUCGUAAUUUUGAAGUUGAUACAUUAGCUGAAAGACCAAAGACAAAAAAAGAGUUAAUUCAAUUAAUUAAUUCAAGUAAAGCAUUUAUCUUUGAUACAUAUUUAAACAACACUCAUCAAAUUAAUAAAUUAGAAGAGUGGUUUUAUAAAAAAGAAACAUUAACUCCAUCAGUACAAUAUGUAACAAGUUUUAAUUAUGUCAAUUGGGAUCCUAAUUUUGUUAGUGAUAACAAAAUACCAUAUUUUGAUGAGAGAUUUGGUUAUCCAUUAAAUGAUCGUAUACAUUUAAAAUGGCAUUUAUGUCGAAAAGAAUAUAAAUUUUUGGUAGUAAAUGAUGCUUUUAUGUACCACUACGAAACAAAAAAUUAUAAAGAAAAAAAAUUAUUUAAAAAAGCAAAAAGUAUAAUAUUACCAAAAACUGUUAGGAUAAUUAAAGAAUUUAAUAAAAAAAUGUAUAGAUUAUACCCUAGAACAGUUAAACUUUGCCCUAGAUUUGAAGUGUAA